AAAACAAGCAAAGCCCAUAUUCCCAAAUAGGGAAACUCUCUCUCUCUCUCUCUUUCUCUCUCUACCUCCUCUGAGCCUUCUUCUGCGUUCUGGUUUCAGCUCCUCCCUCCGUCUUUCCUCCUCAGAAUCAUGGAAGGCUCAGCUGAUGAACGUCUUGAUUUUGGGAAGAUGGGCUACGGAUGCCAGCAUUACAGGAGGAGGUGCAAGAUUAGAGCUCCCUGUUGCAACGAGAUCUUCCCCUGUCGCCAUUGUCACAACGAGGCCGCGAGCACGCUGAGAAACCCCUUUGAUCGGCACGAGCUCGUUCGCCAAGACGUCAAACAAGUGGUUUGCUCGGUUUGUGACACGGAGCAGCCGGUGGAUCGAGUUUGUACAAACUGUGGAGUCAGAAUGGGAGAGUACUUCUGCAAAAUUUGCAAAUUCUUUGAUGAUGAUACUGGGAAGGGGCAGUUUCAUUGUGAUGAUUGUGGCAUAUGUAGAGUUGGUGGGCGCGAGAACUUCUUCCAUUGCAAAAAGUGUGGCUCUUGCUACUCCAUUGGUCUAAAGAAUAACCAUUCGUGUGUGGAGGACUCCAUGCGUCAUCACUGCCCCAUAUGUUAUGAGUACCUUUUUGAUUCUUUGAAAGAUACGACCGUUAUGAAAUGUGGGCACACGAUGCAUUGUGAAUGUUAUAGCGAGAUGUUAAAGCGUGACAAAUACUGCUGUCCAAUAUGUUCCAGAUCUGUGAUAGAUAUGUCCAGGACCUGGAAGAGAAUGGAUGAGGAGAUAGAAGCAACUCAGAUGCCUGAAGAUUACCGCUAUAAGAAGGUGUGGAUUCUAUGCAAUGACUGUAACGACACUACUGAAGUUUACUUUCACAUUAUCGGGCAGAAAUGUAGCCACUGCAGAUCCUAUAACACACGAGCAAUUGGCCCUCCGGUUCUUCCUCAAUGACUAGGUUUUAAAUCGAGCAAUUGUACUGGCCAGGGAGGUAUGACUGAAGCUUUCGUGCUUUGUGUGAAAUGGCAAGGAUGCUUUGGUUUGUACCGGGUCUCUAUUUAUCAAUUUGAUCAUUCUACAAUGUUUAUGUACCAUUAUACUCUUCUUUAUCGGAUCUUCUUGAAUCAUACAUUCUUCCUCCAAAUUCAUGGAGUUGAAGCCCAGCUAACGGGUCUCUGGGGUUCUGUAAGCAAUUCAAAGAUACCAACAUGGGGAUUGGGGAUUAAAUUAUUGCUGCUGUGACAACAUUCUGAGACUAAUAUAAUCUCCUCUUUUUGUCAUUGUUUU